AUCACGUUAGCUGAGCAGCUGACUGUUUCCAGGGAUCGAUAAAUAAACGAAUGAUUCGAUGAGGCUUGAUUAGUGCUGCCAUGCAUUAAGAUGGAAGAAAAUCAAGGGCUGCUUAGCUAGUGCUGCCAUAAGGACAGGAGCAGCGAAGAAAACUAAAGGAGAAGAGAACAUAAUGCAGGACGAUGCAGUGGUCACCCUGGACCUGGAGCAUCAAACGGUCCAUCCACGUCCAGUGAGCCAUGAUGAUCUUAAUAAGAUUAUCGAUCUUGCGAAAAGGAUCGAGGAGGCAGUGUACACAGUCGAGCAGAACGAGGACGUCUGCGAUCAGAUUGGGCGGCGCGCGAGCAGCGUUGUGGCCAUGCUUUCGUGGUUUACCAGCACCAAGAUGACCCUGCCGCUGGGGGCAAUGGAAGAGAUCCUCGGCGACGCACUCCGACUCGUCACGGCCUGCAGCCAAGGGAAGAACAGCAGCACGUGCCUAAUCUUCCCGGCCGGAAAGAAGCUGUCCAGAGAGCUGCGUCAGGUGGACCUAAAUAUGCGUCUGAUGAACCAGUAUAUCGUGGAUCAAAUGGGGGUUGCCAACGAUGCCCCGAAAACCAUCACACCACAAUAUCUCUAUGGGACAGAGAUGGUACAGGAUCCAGAAUUGGUGGGGAGCUCACCUAGCGGUCACUUCAUCGUUGAUACUAGAGGUAGAUAUGAAGUAAAUGCUAAGGAAGUAAGCAGGGAUGCCCCUCCAUUCUCAGUUGGCUUCAAAUUUUUCAGUUUAUCCGAGUUGGAGACAGCUACAAAUAACUUUUCCGAGGAAAACUUGAUUGGAAAAAGUGUCUAUGCUGUGGUCUACAAGGGUGAAUUACUGGAUGGACGCGUCGUCGUCGUCAAGAGAUAUGAACCGGCCGGAACGAGAUUCCCAGAGAAUUAUGCGCACAUAUUUUCAGUGCCGCUCGUGCACAGUAAUUUAGCUGGAUUUGUGGGAAUUCACCAAAAAGUCACAAAGCAAUUAUUGCCGCGCAACGGCCGAUACGUGGCAGUUGAUGUUCAUAACUCGUUGGUGGUGGAAGAGUUCAUGCCCAACGGAAGCUUGCAGCGUUUCAUCGAUGGACGGUCGCCGCAGAUGCAGGACUGGCCUUCCACGUUCCGGAUAAUUCGCGGGAUAGCAGAGGGCGUAGCAUACCUCCACUCUAACCACGUUAUCCAUUUGGAUUUGAAACCACAGAGAAUCUUCCUAGACUCCAAUAUGAAUCCAAAGAUACGUGGUUUCGAGAUAUCAAAAAAACUGGAACAAGACCAAACUGAAGCGAGGACGGACGACUUGGUGGGCACACGGCACUACAUGGCUCCGGAAUACGUGCGAAGUGGUGUUGUGUCGGUGAAGAAUGACACCUACGCUUUCGGCGUUCUCCUCCUAGCAACCGUUAGCGGGAUAAGCAAGUCAGGGCUUCAGGAAGAUCCACUUCAUUGGGCUUCUUCUAAUAAGGCGUGGGAAGCUCAGGACGAUCUAUCUGAUCCUUCACUGUAUAGCCAGCCUGAACUAAACGAGAUAAAAAGAUGCAUCGAGAUCGGACUGGCGUGCACCCAAGUGAACCAGAACCAACGGCCCACCAUGCCAGAGGUUAUAGAGAUGCUAAACAGCGGGGAAAAGUUACCCUCCCUAGAACGCAACAAGGAUGAUGAUGCUCCCGAAACAUCCGUUAAAGCGACACCUUUCAGUUUCUCUGCGCUGGAGAUCGCUACAAACAACUUCUCAAAAGAUAAUUUGAUUGCCAAAGGUCGUGUCGCAACAAUCUACAAGGGUAUAUUACCUCAUGGAGUCGUGGUUGCCAUCAAGAUAUUUUCUGGUCCACUCGGAAAGAAAAUCCUAAAGCAGUAUCUCGACGUUUCUAAUGAGCUGCAUCAGCACGGACCACACAAGAAUGUUGUUCGACUUCUGGGAUAUUGCGAUGAACAGGAUCGUGAGACGGUGGUGGAAGAGUACAUGCCCAGCAGAAGCUUGUCCAAGAUCAUGGACGAGUCGCCGCACAAGCUGGAUCUAAACUGGGCCGCUAGAUUCCAAAUAAUCCUGGGGAUAGCACAUGGCGUACAUCAUCUCCACGCCAAGGGCAUUCUCCAUUUUGAUUUGACUCCAGCCAACAUCGUGAUUUUCGAUGAACGCAUGAAUCCAAAGAUCUGUGAUUUUGGGCUAUCUAAAAUGCUAAAUGAGCCUGACUCUGAAACAGGAACAGAAGGGUUUGCAGCAGGCUCGAAGGCUCCAGAAUACAAUGGUGGUAUAAUAUCGGUGAAGAAUGAUGUCUACAGUUUUGGUGAUCUCCUUCGUACCUUUUGCGGAAUGAGCAGGCCUGGACCUCCCAAAGAUUUGGAUGAUCUGGCUAGGGUGGUACAGGAAGCUCGAAGGAUGAAAGAGUUUUUUGAUCCUUCGUCUUGUAAGCAGUCUGAGCUAAAGCAGAUAAAAAGAUGCAUGGAUAUUGCGCUGCUCUGCACCCAAAUGGAGCCGAGAGACCGGCCCACCAUGAAGCGUACUCUCAGAUUGCUAAGCAGCAACAGAAAGGUACCGGCCCCACGACGCAACAAGGCUUCGUCGAGCAAGAAAAGAUAUAGAGCAUUAUAAACACAUCGAGUGCAUGGUUGCUGCUAAACUAAAUCAAACCAUGCAUCUUUAAAGGACCGGACAAAAAUGCUUGUUUUUUUUCUCGAAAUAGAUGUGUUACCUCAGCUGCGACUUCUCUUUAUUGCAUAUUAAGCUGCGUAUCCAUGCCCUGUGUGUGACACAACAUGAAGCAUUGUACAUGAAGUAAUUUGCUCUUGCUGUUGUAUAACACUAGUAUGCAUAAAUAUGGAAGUAGAAUAGUAUAAAAAUUUGUGUUGUGAGACAUGUAAACAGGCCGAGACAUGUUAGGUAAACAAAUCACAAGUGAUUGAUCUUUAUAACUGUACAAGAAAAGUAUCACAGCAGAUAAAUAUUCGUAACUGUAUUCGGUACUCCAGCCUUUAGGUAAAUAGGACAUACAUUUUGUCCUAAAUAAUCAAACUUUUUAAACUUUGACCAUGUUUAUUAAAAAAAUACUAACAUCUACAAUACCAAAUAAAUAAAAUGUGGAAACAUAUUUCAUGAUAGACCUAUGUAUUGAAGAUGUUGAUGUCUUUUUAAUAAACUUAGCCAAGCUUUAAAAAGUUUGACUGAGAACAAAGAUAUGCCCUAUCUAUCUACUAUCUAUUUUAGAAUUAACACUAUAGGACAAGAAGACACCAUGUCCGUCCACAUAGGCUAAAUUAUCCGAUCCGCUAAUCAUGUGAUGGAUUCAAAUCAUAACCGUUCGAACUAAAAGAUCAGCCCGUGUUAUAUACUCGUAGCCACGGAUGUCCCGGGAUCAGAAAGUCUGGGUUCAUCCGCUGAUCUCAUGCUGGUCUCAUCUAUGAUGGGAAGCAGAGUAACGCAACCCUGUAUCACUUUCAAAUAUCCAAUCUAAAUACUAAGAAUAUAUAAAUAUUCAAAGUGUAGAAAGUCUAGCA